UCCGGUGUCGCGUCGCAUCGAGUCGACGUCGCCGGAGAAAGUGCAGCUUUACUUUAUAUAUAUACGCCGGCGCCAGGACCAUCGUCAGCAUUUUCGUGCUGAGUACGUCCGCGAAUAGUGCCGUUGUUUAUCUGUCAUCGUCAUGAUUGCUUACUAUUCUUUGGCGAUCCUCUGCCUUGUCCAGCUCUCCUUUGCCAAGCUACCGCCUGGCGUAACAACAUGUCCAAAGUCGGAACCGAACGAGUUCAACAAGUGCGUCCUCAAGCAGCUGGAAAUUCUGACGCCGUUCCUCGCCAAAGGCAUACCGGCGAUGAAAUUGCCAGCCCUCGACCCCUUACUGUUGCCGUCGCUGAGCAUCGAUCGCAACCUCGAGGCACUGAACAUCAAAGCCAACAUGAGCCAAAUUCAAGUGUUCGGUGCCUCGAACUAUCUGGUCGAUGAGAUCGACGCCAAGCCCGAGCAGCUGGCCGUCUACCUCAAGAUCCACUUGCCCGAGGUUCACGUCAAGGGCAACUACGACGUUCACGGAAGACUCCUGCUCCUGCCUCUCAGCGGAGUCGGCAGCUUUAAGGGCAACUUUACGAAUACCGAGGUUCGAGUUAGCGCUCGUGCCAAGGCAGUGACCGACAAGACUGGCGUCAAACGCCUCGAGCUCGACAAGCUUCAGACGAAAAUUCGCGUUGGCAGUGGCAAUAUCAAGCUCAAGGCACCACCAGCUCACACGCUUACGGCCGAUGCAGCAGCAACUUUCUUCAACUCCAAUCCCAGACUGGUCCUCGACAUCGCCAGUCCUAUAGUCGAAGACACCGCUGCAACCGUCGGCAGAGCAUUGGUCGCCAGGGCGCUCAGCGUUUUCGCCAAAGACGAAUUAGUACCUUUCUAGUUGACCGUAUUGUUACCUGCGUUUUGUUACGUUUGCUCUAUGUUUAUCGUUGGUUGUUUGUCUUUGUCGCAGUCAUUUUUCAUUCCAUUCUAACCAAGACAGUAGUAAGAUAGUUCGCAGCAAGACGAAAUGCCUGGUCGUCGGACGAACAUUUUGCGUCAGUAUUAAAUUAUUAUUCGAAUUCGCUUCGUGUAUGAAUGUCGAGCUAAAAAAGCAACGUGGAAUCGUUUGUUUCAUCAUUUUCUUUAUUCCCUAAUUGUACAAAGAUCAGUUAAAUUCUUUACAUGCACAUGUGUGAGUAUAACGUAUUUAAACGAAAAAGAGAGAGAACGGAUCCCGCAACCGAUAGGAAACAGCUUCGGGUGGAUUAGUGAGCGAGAAACAGCUUUCGUCGCGUGACAACGCUGAAUUUUGAAGAAAUGACGACGAAAUCCCGAAUAAAUGUGAUUUAUUGUUACUGUCGAUAAA